GUGUGCGGCGCGCUCCUGGCGAGGACGGAGCGAGCAGAUCUCGCGUGCGCUCGCCGCCAGGCGCAGCCCAGCCCGGCCCCCGCCUGGCGCCGCGAGCCGAGGUGUCUCCCGCGCCCGCGCCCGUGUCGCCGCCGUGCCCGCGAGCGGGAGCCGGAGUCGCCGCCGCCCGAGCGCAGCCGAGCGCACGCCGAGCCCGUCCGCCGCCGCCAUGGCCACCACGGUGACCUGCACCCGCUUCACCGACGAGUACCAGCUCUACGAGGAUAUUGGCAAGGGGGCUUUCUCUGUGGUCCGACGCUGUGUCAAGCUCUGCACCGGCCAUGAGUAUGCAGCCAAGAUCAUCAACACCAAGAAGCUAUCAGCCAGAGAUCACCAGAAGUUGGAGAGAGAGGCUCGGAUCUGCCGCCUUCUGAAGCAUUCCAAUAUCGUGCGUCUCCACGACAGCAUCUCCGAGGAGGGCUUCCACUACCUGGUCUUCGAUCUGGUCACUGGUGGGGAGCUCUUUGAAGACAUUGUGGCGAGAGAAUACUACAGCGAGGCUGAUGCCAGUCACUGCAUCCAGCAGAUCCUGGAGGCCGUUCUCCAUUGUCACCAAAUGGGGGUCGUCCACAGAGACCUCAAGCCGGAGAACCUGCUCCUGGCCAGCAAGUGCAAAGGGGCUGCUGUGAAGCUGGCAGACUUCGGCCUGGCUAUCGAGGUGCAGGGGGACCAGCAGGCAUGGUUUGGGUUCGCUGGCACACCAGGCUACCUGUCCCCUGAGGUCCUUCGCAAAGAGGCGUAUGGCAAGCCCGUGGACAUCUGGGCAUGUGGGGUGAUCCUGUACAUCCUGCUCGUGGGCUACCCACCCUUCUGGGACGAGGACCAGCACAAGCUGUACCAGCAGAUCAAGGCCGGCGCCUACGACUUCCCGUCCCCCGAGUGGGACACCGUCACUCCUGAAGCCAAAAACCUAAUCAACCAGAUGCUGACCAUCAACCCUGCCAAGCGCAUCACAGCCCAUGAGGCCCUGAAGCACCCGUGGGUCUGCCAACGUUCCACGGUAGCCUCCAUGAUGCACAGACAGGAGACUGUGGAGUGUCUGAAAAAGUUCAAUGCCAGGAGAAAGCUCAAGGGAGCCAUCCUCACCACCAUGCUGGCCACACGGAAUUUCUCAGUGGGCAGACAGACCACCGCUCCGGCCACAAUGUCCACCGCGGCCUCCGGCACCACCAUGGGGCUGGUGGAACAAGCAGCCAAGAGUUUACUCAACAAGAAAGCAGAUGGAGUCAAGCCCCAGACGAAUAGCACCAAAAACAGUGCAGCCGCCACCAGCCCCAAAGGGACGCUUCCUCCUGCCGCCCUGGAGCCUCAAACCACCGUCAUCCAUAACCCAGUGGACGGGAUUAAGGAGUCUUCUGACAGUGCCAACACCACCAUAGAGGAUGAAGACGCUAAAGCCCCCAGGGUCCCUGACAUCCUGAGCUCAGUGAGGAGGGGCUCGGGAGCCCCAGAAGCCGAGGGGCCCCUGCCCUGCCCAUCUCCAGCUCCCUUUAGCCCCCUGCCAGCCCCAUCCCCCAGGAUCUCUGACAUCCUGAACUCUGUGAGAAGGGGCUCAGGAACCCCAGAAGCCGAGGGCCCUCUCUCAGCGGGGCCCCUACCCUGCCUGUCUCCGGCUCUCCUAGGCCCCCUACCCUCCCCGUCCCCGAGGAUCUCUGACAUCCUGAACUCUGUGAGGAGGGGCUCAGGGACCCCAGAAGCCGAGGGCCCCUUACCAGUGGGGCCCCCGCCCUGCCCAUCUCCGACUAUCCCUGGCCCCCUGCCCACCCCGUCCCGGAAGCAAGAGAUCAUUAAGACCACGGAGCAGCUCAUCGAGGCGGUCAACAACGGUGACUUUGAGGCCUACGCGAAAAUCUGUGACCCAGGACUGACCUCAUUUGAGCCUGAAGCACUGGGCAACCUGGUUGAAGGGAUGGACUUCCACAGAUUCUACUUCGAGAACCUGCUGGCCAAGAACAGCAAGCCGAUCCACACGACCAUCCUGAACCCGCACGUGCACGUCAUCGGAGAGGACGCCGCCUGCAUUGCUUACAUCCGGCUCACGCAGUACAUUGACGGGCAGGGCCGGCCCCGCACCAGCCAGUCUGAGGAGACCCGUGUGUGGCACCGCCGCGACGGCAAGUGGCAGAACGUGCACUUCCACUGCUCGGGCGCGCCUGUGGCCCCGCUGCAGUGAAGAGCUGCGCCCUGGUUUCGCCGGACAGAGUUGGUGUUUGGAGCCCGACUGCCCUCGGGCACACGGCCCGCCUGUCGCAUGUUUGUGUCUGCCUCGUUCCCUCCCCUGGUGCCUGUGUCUGCAGAAAAACAAGACCAGAUGUGAUUUGUUUAAAAACAAAACAAAACAAAAAAACAAGAUGACGACGACAACCACAAAAAAAUUGACAUCAGAUGAAAUGAAAAAAAAAAAA